UUGCUGGUGCCACAGCCUUGAUUAGCAUUUUGCAUGGGCCUUGAGCAUUUUGUCCUUGCUGAACCAGUUACUCCACUUCUCCACCAAUCAAAGAGCUAAGCAGUUCGAGCCUUCCCCAAUAUAAGCAGUUCAGUAUACAAGCUGAAACCACUACACAGAGAAACCACAGUGUCUUUUGUCACUGAUGCCUGAAGAAAAGGAUAUGCUGGGAUUUGCUCCUAAUAAUCUGGACUGCUUGUAAAACAUUAGGAGAAAAUGCCGACUCAUUCAUUGCUGCCGUUUGUAAAUCGCCCAGAUGGACUUGCCCAAGAUAUUCUUAUUAGUAAAGAUGCAAGCAUCCCAGGGUUGGGCUCUAGCAUGACGCCACACACUACUUACCCAGAAAAGACUGAGUUGCAAAAUGAAGAAAGUGCACCGCUGUACUGUAUGUUCUGCGAGGAGACUUUCGCUCAUCAGGAUGAGCUUGGCCCCCACGUGUUAACACAGCACCCCACCACAUUCUCCGAGCCUACUGUGCUUCGGGUUGAAGCAGAAUUCAGGAUCCCAGGAGAGAGACCCCGGGCCAAACAAAGCAGCCUUCCUGCCGAAAAAGACGAGGUUCACAGCUGUAUCCUGUGUGGUCACGUAUCCCAAGAUGGCAGCGAGCUUGAGGCCCACAUGAGAAAGCACAAGGACUACUUUACUUAUUGUUGCAAUUUUUGUGGGCGUCGGUUUAGAGAGCACUGGUUCCUCAAGAACCACAUGAAAAAGCAUGUAAAAGCAGGAGCAAAGAACAAGACCCAGCAAGACCCAGAAAGCCCAAUCACAAUUAAUGGUAUCAUCCAAGAGCCUCCAUCAGAGCCUGUAGGCACCGCAUACAAAAUGUGCAUGGUUUGUGGGUUUUUCUUUCCUGACCAUGAUAGUUUGGUUGAACACAGUAAAAUGCAUAAUCGAGAGGCACAGCCUGGAAAAGAUAAAAGCAAGGAUAAUAUGGGUGAUACUAAUGAACCCACUGCCAACCAGGAUUCAUUUCUUCAGUUCCUAAACCUUCAGCCUCGCCCCGCAGGAAAGGAUGUGGAACCUGUGAGAUCAUCAAAAUGGAUUCCCCAGCUAGAUCCUGUCAACACAUAUCAGGCCUGGCAGCUUGCUACAAAAGGCAAGAUCGCAGUUGGGCCUAAUAAUACAAAAGAUGUUGGCCAGGAAAACAGCACGGACAAUGACGAAUCUGGCUCUGACAAGGAGGAGUUGAAUAAUAUUUGGACUGAGGGCCAAGGAGACAAGGCCGUGAAAGAAGUUGGAAGAGAGCUCCGGUCUCAGCAACAGGCCCCUGUUAAAAGCCCAGACCCACAGCGAAGGUCUCCAGUUCAGAAAGAUAAGGACAAACAAAGGCCAACGACUUGUGAGGAAUGUCAAAGAAAUUUCAGGACCUACCACCAGCUGGUGCUCCACUCCAGGGUCCACAAGCGUGAGAGAGGAGGUGAAGAAAGUCCAACCUCAUCUGUUGAUGGCAAGCUUUCAAGAGCAGGCUCACUGGAAAAUACAGAGGAAGGGUCUGAGGAGGGCAUAGAGGAAAACUUGGGUUCAGGUGAAGAUGGAUUUGACCGAUCCAAUGGCAGAUCAAAAGACUGCAGUUACUGUGGCAAAACCUUCAGAUCCAGCUACUACCUCACCGUUCAUUUGAGGACUCACACAGGUGAGAAACCAUUUAAGUGUGCUUACUGCGAGUACGCUGCGGCCCAGAAAACUUCACUGAAAUAUCACCUGGAUCGACGCCACAAGGAUAAGCCCUACGUGGAGAUCCCCAGCAGACCUGUGCCUUUAGUGCCCUCACCCAGUGAUGGAAAAAAUGAAAACAAUGCUGAAAAUCCUGCGCCCAAGAAAUCCUGGGUGCCUCCAGCCAUGCCGUGCAUCGAUGGAACACCAGAAAGCGGACUGGAUAGUGUUGAUGGCAAGCUUGGCAAGCCACUUGUCCAAGUAAAUGCUGUGCCUGCCUGCUCUCCGGAAGAUGACGCGCUCGCCAAGUGCUCUGCGCCUGUUAACCUGAAGAAAAAAAGGGAGGAGGUGCAAGAAGAGAACUGUGAGGCCCCAUUAAAUCUGUCCAUAAAAGUCUCUGUCUCCACACCUGUCAGUGUUGAACCAAGAAAUGGUAUUGUUCCAAUUGCCUGCCCAUUUUGUGCUUAUAAAACCAUCUACCCAGAAGUUCUGAUUAUGCAUAAAAAGCUCUCUCACAAAGACAAGUCAAACAGCACCAAAAAGAAUGGGUUCGGAGGCAAUUUAAGUGAAAGUCGUCAUACGGGUUGCCCGCCUGCCCUCAAUGGGAAAGAUGUUUCCUCAGUUCUGAUCACUGAGAGGAUCUUCCCUCGCCGAACCAAAUCUCCACCUCCCCAACCUGCAAAACCUCAAGAAAAAGCACCUGUUAACCUACCGCACGUUCCUAAGCCAUCCCCUGUCCAUGCACCCAUAAAAGAUGUCCAGGAGACCCAGCGUUACAGGCAGGGCACCGACUCACAUCCCAGUCAGGAAUCCUCCAGGUAUACGGAGCUAAUGAGAAAAAACAGCACAACCAACAAAUAUAUCAUGGACAGAGUGGGCAUUGGCGAUCGGAGCUACCCAGUACGAAGCGGUGUCCUUUGGCACACAGAUGCCGCCAGGCUCUGCCUAUCCAGCCGAUUUGGAAGCCUCCCCCAGAUGGACUUUGGCGAGCCGUCCAGCAAGCGAUUAAAGUUUUCUGUGCCUACAAACAGGGAUGCUGAAGCUGGCGAGAAGGCUGCUUUUAGAGGGCUACCAGCAGAUGGAUCUAACAGGAUGUUUACUAAAAGAACUGUGAAACCCACACAGCAAGGGUCAUGUCCACCCACAGCCUCUGAGGUUUCUGUUUUGGGUCCGGCAAAGAAUGCACCUGUGACUAUUGGAGGCAGUUUGGAGUCUGAGUGGAACAUGAUGAACCUUCUCCGCUCCUAUCCACCCCAUGACCUGGCAUCUCUCUAUCACACCAACCCAGCAAACCCCAGUCAUGUAGGACUAGCCAACCCAGGAGCAGGGGGCAGAAGUGUGCUGUUCCAACAUCUGCCCAGUCUACCCAGCCUGCAAAGAAGAGAUGUUUCAGGUCCAUUCCCCAGUCAACGCUGUGGGGCCACUGACAAAAGUGCCUAAAGUAAAAAGAAAUAAAGAAAAGGUUGAAAACUUUCAUUUAAAAAAAACCUGACGAGAAUUUUUGAAAAUGACAUUGAACUUCAUAUAGUUGAAUCAAAUCCUUUUUUUGUCCUUCUAGAUGUAAACAGUGCUGCUGCCUUAUUUUGGAGAAUUUCUAGAAACGUUGUUUAAUGUACAUAUUUAGAAAGAGAGGUAGUUUAUGCUCACAGUGUGCUUAUCCUCUCUUAAUUUAAUGUUUCUUUUUCAACAGAAAAACAUUUGUGUUAUAUGGACAUUUCAGGGCUACAGUUUCAGCAGAAGUUCCUUUUUUGAAUGCAAAGAUGCAGAUAACCGUUGAGGUUUUUUUUGUAUAUAGUCCACUGGUGUGCACUGUAAUAUUUCUUUUUGAGACUGUUGAUAAAUCUGUACAUGACCCACACUAAUAUUCCAGAGUCUGUCUUAGCUGUAAAAGUUGUGUGUGUGGGGUGGCGUAAAAACCUCUCUACAUAAACUGUGUUAUGCUAAAACCUAAGAAAAACCUGUGUGGGGAAAAAAAAAAUGCUGCUCUGUGUAAUUGCUGCACUGCACUGGAUGGUGGGGAGUUUCUGUCGGAUAACUUGAUGGCUUCGGCCCAGUUGUUUACAAACAGGCCACAGCAGCGAGCUCUGCUGUGUGUUUCAAGUUCUACCUCAAGUUGUGCUCUGAAGGCUUAUUUUUGUAAAGCCUUUGAAGCUAUCAUGUUAGCUGAGCCUAUAUACCUACUUCGACCAGAGACUGGUGUUUUGAGUUGUAGUAAUAGUAGUAGUACAUGGACAAGUGACACUGGACUACUACUGCUGCAACUGUUUUUUUUUUUUUUGACCUAUACCACAAUUUGGGCUGUACAUUAAUUUUGAUGAACUCGCUAUCUACAAGUAUUGUUAUUUUCCUUCUUGAAAAGCAAAAAGGUGCUUAAGUGGUGCCUCACAUCCGUCAGCUGUAAAAUGUACCAGAUUGUGUGUAAUUUUCUGGGUUUGUGUGAAAUAGUCAUUCAGUGUUAUUUGGUUACUGUACAUUUAGCCGCUCGUAUGUUCGGGAGUUUGCUUUUGCUAUGCAAAGUCUUGAAAGUGUUUCUUUUGUCAAGGGGCAGCAGUCACUGCCAGCUGGAUGUCAAGGAGCGUUUAAGGUGUCGUGAUUGUGCAGUUUUAGGGGAGACAAAAAAUGCAAAAGCAGCGAUGUUGAUUGGUCCAAUUAACUUAAUGCUAAAGAGGGAAGAAAGACUCAGGUUAAUUCAAUUUUACAUGCUGGGUAGUGUUUGGUAUAAUUUUGAAAAGCCUUUUUUAAAUUAUUUCUUUCUUUUUUUUUUUUUUGUUCGGCGUUCACAUUAUUGGUGUGUUUAUAUAUUGUUAAGUAUUGUUUUGAAAUUUUUGAUGGCACGUUUCAACAAUAAAGUGAGAGGCGAAGAACAAAA